AUGGAGGCGCUGAAUGGCCCCGCGGGUGGCGGCGCCUCGGACCCGAAGCCGCCUAGCCAACACCACCGCCACCACCACCUCCACCCACUGGCUGAGAGGAAGCGGCUGCACCGCGCACCCUCACCCGCCAGACCUUUCCUCAAGGACCUGCUAGUACGAACCGCGGCGCCGGGUCCGGCUACCCCCUCCUCGUCUCGGGCCCCGACACCAGCCGCCCCGCGUUCGCCCAGUCUCGCGGGCAAGGCGCCGUCCUCACCCGGGUCCCUGGUCGCUCCCGGCCGCUUGUCCCGGCGCGGCGGCAGCACCCCCGGCGCGAAAGACAAGCCACCAGCGGGCGCCGGGGCCAGAGUGGCGGGCGCCGCCAAGGCCGCCCCGGGCCCCAGGAGGGCGGCACGCUUGGCGCCUGCCGAAACGCUGUCCCGGCCCGGGAAGCCGCCACCGCUCGGAUCCGAGCUGUCGCCAGCCGCCAAAGGCCGCAAGGCCCGGCGCGGCUCCGGUCUCCCCAGCGUGACUCCAACCGCUGGGCCCCGGCCGCCUGCCACCCGGCUCCCCGCCGUGACCGUAGCGGUGGUCUCGGCGGCCGCAGGCGGCUUGCGCAUCAGCCCCACCGAUAGCAGCUCCGACCUUUCCGAUUGCCCUUCCGAGCCCCUAUCUGACGAGCAGCGCCCGCUCCCCGCUGUCAGCAGCGACGCCGAGUCCGGCACGGGUUCCAGCGACCGGGAGCCCCAGAGAGGAGCCCUCGCUUCCAGUCCCGCAGCACGGGGCGCGCCGCCGGGCAGCCCCGAGUGCACAGCACUCCUUACCGCGCCUUUGGCGGCCAGUAGCAGACCUGGGGGCCGAAGCAGCCCAGGCGGGGUCUCCGCGGGGUCCUCGGGGUCCGGCGCGACCGAUGAUGCUGGGAGCCGCGCGCCACCAGAACGAGCGGCCCCCGGAAGGGCGGACGGGAGUGGUAGGACCCCAAAGGAGCCCGGUCCUCAAGAGCAGUCCCGGCUGGCGGCGGCGGAGCUGCUGCGGGAGAUGGACGAGCUGCGCUCCGAGAACGACUAUCUCAAGGAUGAGGUGGAUGAACUCCGUGCAGAAAUGGAGGAGAUGAGGGACAGUUACUUAGAAGAAGAUGUUUACCAGCUGCAGGAACUUCGGCGAGAACUGGAUCGUGCAAAUAAAAACUGUCGAAUUCUGCAAUACCGUCUCAGGAAAGCAGAGCAGAAGAGCCUGAAGGUGGCUCAGAAUGGAGAGGUGGAUGGAGAGCUGAUCCGGAGUUUGGAGCAGGAUUUAAAGGUAGCCAAAGAUGUCUCUGUCAGAUUGCACCAUGAACUUGAAACUGUGGAGGAAAAACGUGCUAAAGCUGAAGAUGAAAAUGAAACCCUCCGACAGCAGAUGAUUGAAGUAGAAAUAUCCAAGCAAGCCCUUCAGAAUGAACUGGAGAGACUAAGAGAGAGUUCCCUGAAAAGAAGAGGCAGUCGGGAAACGCACAAAGAAAAGAAAACAUUGAACCAGGACGACAGUGCUGAUCUGAAGUGCCAGCUGCAGUUUGCCAAAGAGGAAGCCUCCCUGAUGCGUAAAAAGAUGGCCAAGCUAGGAAGGGAGAAGGAUGAACUAGAGCAGGAGCUCCAAAAGUACAAGUCCCUCUAUGGCGAUGUGGACAGCCCCCUCCCAACCGGGGAGGCAGGUGGUCCACCCAGUACCAGAGAGGCCGAGCUGAAACUGCGGCUCAAGUUGGUGGAGGAGGAAGCGAACAUCUUGGGCCGCAAGAUUGUCGAGCUGGAAGUGGAGAACAGAGGCCUCAAAGCAGAGAUGGAGGACAUGAGGGGCCAGUAUGAACGUGAGUGUGCAAGCAGGGACCACCCCCCAAGCAUUCCUACCUCACCCUUCACUGACUCCGCAGAGUCCUCCUCAGAGCUCCGCCGGCACCUCCAGUUUGUGGAGGAAGAAGCAGAGCUCCUCAGGAGGUCCAUCUCCGAGGUGGAGGACCACAACCGGCAGCUGACCCAUGAGCUAAGCAAGUUCAAGUUUGAGCCACGGCCGGAGCAGAGAUGGCUGGAGGAGCGUGAGGGCCUGGAGAGUGGCUCAGGCCUUCCCCUGCAGGAGGAACUCAAGUCUGCACGGAUGCAGAUCAGCGAGUUGAGUGGGAAGGUGCUGAAGCUACAGUAUGAGAACCGGGUGCUGCUAUCCAGCGUGCAGCGCUACGACCUGGCCACACAUCUGGGACUGCGCGUCCCAAGCCCCCGUGACAGUGAUGCUGAGAGCGACAUGGGCAAGAAGGAGAGUGAUGGGGAGGAAGGCCGGCUGUCCCAGCCCAAGAGGGAAGGCCCCAUUGGUGGUGAGAGUGAUUCAGAGGAGGCAUUUGAGAAGACUUCGGGCUUUGGGAGCGGUAAGCCCUCGGAGGCCAGCGAGCCAUGUCCCACCAUGCGGACCCAUGAGGCCUCUGAGUGCCUGGCGAACAUAAAGCAGGAGGCAGAGCAGCUUGGGCGCACAGUGGAGCGCCUCAUCACUGACACGGACAGCCUCCUCUACGAGGCCAAGCUGCGUGCCACUGAGCCUGGGGUCCAGGGUGGCUGGGAGGAGCCCGAGGUGCUGGGUACCAUUAACUCUAAGAUGAAGGCUUUUCAGAAGGAGCUUCAGGCCUUCCUGGAGCAGGUGAACCAGAUUGGGGAUGGACUGAGGGAGCACCUGGAGAAUCUGGCUCCCCUUCCCCAUCUCACUGAGUCUUCCAGCUUCCUCUCCACUGUGACCUCCAUGUCCAGGGACUCCCCCAUUGGGAACCUGGGGAAGGAGCUGGUUGCAGACUUGCAGUCCAAACUGAGAGAUCAGAUGGAGUGGCAGCUUGGCCAGGACCACGGGGAGGAGCAAGGGGACCUGCGCCUUCGAGCUGGUCCCGAGCUGCUGCGAAGAGCAGAUGGGGAUGCCAGCCGUUUCAGGCCUGCAGACAAGAACUGUCUCAAUGUAGAGAUGGAAGAGGAACACCUCUAUGCCUUGCGGUGGAAAGAGCUGGAAGUGCACAGCCUAGCUUUGCAAAACACCCUCCAUGCUCGGAGCUGGAGUGAUGAGAAGAAUCUGAUGCAGCAGGAGCUCCGGUUCUUGAAGCAGAACAUUUUCCUCUUCUACGUCAAGCUCAGGUGGCUGCUGAAACACUGGCGGCAAGGAAAACACAUAGAAGAGGAAGGAGAGGAUCUCACUGAGGGUGAACAUCCAGAGAACCUCCCUGAGCUUGCUGAACUGGGAGUCCAGGAAGACCAUAAGGGCGGUGGGCCAGAUGGUGAAGGUGAUGAUCGGGGUCUCGGUUUUACAAUGGGGGAGUAUUCCCAACACUGUCCGGUGGAGAUCGGCGCUCGUGGAUUGCGGCUUCAGAACACAGAUGUGGGACAACACCAAAAACAGGUAACGGAGCACCAGCAGCUGUUCAGUGCCCUCCGGGCCUUGCUGGAGGAAUUCCGUGUGGAGCUGAGGGCAGAUGAGCGGGCUCGGCUGCGGCUGCAGCAGGAGUAUGCCAAUGACAAGGCUGCCUGGGACGUGGAGUGGGCCAUGCUCAAAUGCCGCCUGGAACAGAUGGAAGAGAAGACUGAGAAGAAGACUGAGGAGCCAGCUCCUCCCACGGACAGUAAAGGGGCAUUUCGGAAGGAGAGAGAGGCGCACAAGAAGCUCCUUGCUGACAGUCAUGGCCUAGUCAUGGACCUGCGCUGGCAGAUCCAUCACAGUGAGAAGAACUGGAGCCGGGAGAAGGUGGAGCUUCUCGACCGCCUGGACAGAGAUCGGCAGGAAUGGGAACGACAGAAAAAGGAACUUCUGUGGAGAAUAGAACAGUUACAGAAAGAAAACAGUCCCCGGAGAAGUGGCAGUUUCCUCUGUGACCAAAACGAAGGCAGCCCCUGUCCCUUCCCCCACCAGGGAGGCCUCCAUGUGCCUCGCGCCGUGGGAAUGUGGCCCUGCUCUGACAUGGAAUCCAUCCCCUUUGAAGACCAGCCACUGUCCAAGCUGAAAGAGUCGGAUAGAUGCUCAGCCAGCGAGAACCUUUAUCUGGACGCCCUGGAUGAGGACUCCGAGGAGCCUCCGCCACGAAGGCUGGAUCGGGAGUUCAGGAACUGCCUCCCAGAGGAAGAAGAAAACCACAAAGGAAAUCUUCAAAGGGCUGUGUCUGUGACCUCCAUGUCUGAGUUCCAGCGUCUGAUGGACAUCUCUCCCUUCCUACCUGAUCAGGGGCUGCCUUCCAUGGGCAGCAAAGAGGACAUCACCCCUCCCUUAUCUCCUGAUGACCUCAAGUACAUCGAGGAGUUCAACAACAAGGCCUGGGACUACAGCCCUCCCAGGGAACACACUGGAGUGGGACUGAGGAGACCCCCAGACCCUUGGGCAGACAGGACUGAAGUGGGGCAGGCUGGGGCCGACGUUGCAGUGGAUCCGUUACCAGACUCUUCAUGGUACCUCACCACUAGUGUCACCAUGACCACGGACACUAUGACCCACCCUGAGCACUGCCCGAAGCAGCCGCUGCGCAGCCAUGUGGUAGCAGAGAGGUCAGGCAUGCGCGUGCUUCACAGCCCACCUGCCGUGCGCAGGUUCGAGAGUGUGGUCACAGCCCUGGGCAAUGAGGAGCAGAGUCCAGGGGACCCUGAGUUCCCAUUCCCCACAGGCAGAGCCAGAGGAGGCAUAGGGGAAGCCAAGGGGAAGCCAGCAGAGCAUGUAUUUGGCAGGUGGCCUUAUGACUUGCCCAGACUUCCCCGGGACUACAGGGAUGGCAGGCUCUGCUCUCUCGAGGGCCCCAUCUGCACCUCCCUGGGAUUUGCCUCCCCCCUGCACAGCCUGGAGAUGUCCAAGAACAUGAGUGAUGACAUGAAGGAGGUGGCCUUCUCCGUCAGGAGUACCAUCUGCCCAGCAGAGCCUCAGGUCAAGGACACUGCCUGCCAGACCAAUGGGUCCCGGACAACUGGGACACAGACCACCCAGACCCUGAGUGUCGGCCUGCAGACUGAAGCCCUGCGUGGGGGUGUCACCAGCAGCCCUCACAGGUGUCUCACACCCAAGGCCGGGGGUGGCACCACACCUGUGUCCUCACCUUCCCGCACUCUGAGGAGCAGGCAGGUGGCACCUGCCAUCGAGAAGGUGCAGGCCAAGUUUGAACGCACAUGCUGCUCCCCCAAAUAUGGCUCCCCCAAGCUGCAGAGAAAGCCCCUCCCCAAAACUGACCAGCCAAAUAACAGGACCUCGGCAGGGACACCCCAAAAGGGCUGUAGCGAGUCAGCCUGGGCCCGCUCCACCACCACAAGGGAGAGCCCUGUACACACGACCAUCAAUGAUGGCCUCUCCAGUCUCUUCAACAUCAUUGACCACAGCCCCCUGGCACAGGACCCCUUCCAAAAGGGGGUGCGGGCUGGAAACCAGUCCCGCUCAGUGGAGCCCCGACCAGAUGUGGGCCAGGAAACUGGCACCAGCUCCCGGGGGCAGUCACCCAGCCCUCUUGGUGUUGGAACAGAGACAUUCAGGGAAGAAGGGGGAGAGAGUACGCCAGUGAGGCAGGACCUAUCCGCUCCCCCUGGCCACACACUCACAGAGAAUGCCGCUCGAAUCCUCAAUAAGAAGUUGCUGGAGCAUGCCUUAAAGGAGGAGAGGAGACAGGCCGCCCACAGCCCCCCAAGUCUGAACAGUGAUGGCCACACAGGGGAGAUGGGCAAAGCUGAACCAGGGUCCAUCGAGAACCAUACUGUCUUACUAACUGCCCCCUGGGGACUCUAG